CUGCUCGUGAGGUACAGAGACGAGUGGCGAGCGCGACAGAAUUGCAGACAAGGGCAAGGAGGAGACACGCCAGAACACUGGCUAGAUACUAGAUGGAGUCGCCGGGCGAGGCCAACCCACUUAUUGGAAGAACCCUGCAAAUGUGUGCCAGCAGCACGGAAGCACAGGGAUGAACCAAGACGACCCAGUUGUUGGCUGCCCAAAAGAAAAACUCAUCGUCAAGAGUCAGAUCCACAAAACUGACGACAAGGGAAGUGUGAGAAAUGGACUCCAAGAGUGAAAACGGAUAAAAAAGAGCAAGUCCAAUCUCACUCAUUCCCGCUGUUCACUUCGCCUUGUGUUUUUUUCUUGUUUGAGAUAAUACGAAGUGAGGCUGGACCCUGAUACCAGCCUUUGUGUGUCGUUCUCAUCUUAAGUUCCUCGUGAUACCUUGGACCCUCGCCUGGCCGGGGUUACAACUUACAAGACAUCCGCAUCACUUUAUUUACUAUUCUAAACGGCCUCUUCCACACACAGUGUUAUCUUCCAUCUUCAAAGACCAUGGGAAUCAUCUCUACAAUUUGUGAGAGGUACAACUUACAUGAGCGCCCAGUCUAAUAAUGGACGAUCUUCGACCAAGCCUAUUUCUAGUUCUAGUCCGCUAAUGGUAAAGUCCGCAAGGCCACGAAAAAAGCGUCAAUCAUGGAGAGUGAGAUGUGAAGGAGCGGAAGACGGAGGCUGGCUCAUUCAGGAUUCUGGCUAGUAGAAUAACAUCUCGCGUCUGUGUACAUCGUCUAGGACCAUCGUCCACCCACCUACCCACCAGGACUUUGGGGAAGAGGGACUGAAAUGCAGUUCCAUUGAGCCUUUCCGAGCACUUCCACUCUCCUUCGUCGUCUUUCUCCUCGUGCUCCUCUUGCUUACUCUUCUGCCCAAUGUAGCUUUCGCGGGGAAAGACGGUCUUCUUUCCAUGUCUCUCCAUCUCUGAUCUUUAAGGACACGUCGUCAUCCUGUCUUUGAAGAGUGCUUAGCCAAGAACGAGAAGAAGCCGCGGCCUUCGCAAACCCUCGAGGUCGGCCUCUCUUUGCUCACAUCGCUCCGUCUUCCCCUUCAGCCUUCGCCACUCGGUCGUUUUUGGCGUUAGUUUGGAUUCCGAGUCAGCUGACAUCACAACAAGGGCGACAUUUGAAAACAAAAGAAUGAGGCGUAACUAUCAGUGAGAUCGCUCGCAGCAACCCCUCUCAACUCACCAUGGAUCACAGUGUCAAGGCCAUGCAGAACCACCGGAAGGAGGCCUUCUCCCGGAUCUUCAAUCGCCAUCGCUUUGAGAAUAACGAAUUGGAGGGUCUGUUCCAACGGUACAUCUUCAAACUUCAGCACAGCUCCAUCAGCUCGUUUGUGGCGUUGUUCAUCGUCCUCACGGCGGUUCUGGCCGUUCUCAGCUUCGUUCUGGUCCAAAGACCCACCUUGGAAAACAUGUACAACUCGAUCCAUUGCCUGAUCUUCGUGGUCAUCUUCAUUUUCCUGGCCACCAAGUCCAUGGAGGACACCUAUCUUAACUACGUGUGUUAUUGCAUCUUGCUGUUUUCCUUGACCUUUGUGAUCGCCUCUCUGCCCGUGAGCUUCGGCCUCUCCCGUCAAGCUGAUUACGCCCGCCAAUAUGUGGAGGCGGAUGGGGUGUGGCAAGCCGUGCUGGUCAUUUUCUUAGUUUAUGCCAUGCUGCCCAUGAAGACCGUGGUGGCGCUCGUGUUUGGGCUAACCAUCCCAUUCAUUCAUCUGAUUGUGAGUGCAGUGUUCGUGCAAAAUAAACUCGGAUUGCAUGCUGAACAGCUAAUUUCCAACAGUCUCGUGUUCCUUGCUGUGAACAUCGUGGGUCUUUUGGUGCACAAUCUCAUGGAACAUGCCCAACGUAAAGCCUUCUUGGAUACGAGGAACUGCAUCGCCGCCCGAUUAGAAAUGGAAGAUGAAAAUGAGAAGCUGGAACGCCUGUUACUUUCCGUUUUGCCUCAACACGUGGCCGUGGAAAUGAAACAGGACCUUAUAUCCCCUGUAUCCGGGCAAUUCCACAAGAUCUAUAUUCAGAGGCAUGAAAAUGUCAGUAUUUUAUUCGCCGACAUCGUGGGCUUCACCGUGUUGUCUUCCCAGUGUUCCGCUCAAGAACUCGUGCGAUUGCUCAAUGAACUCUUUGGGAGGUUCGACCAACUCGCCAACGCCAAUAACUGUUUGAGAAUUAAGAUCCUGGGUGAUUGUUACUACUGCGUGUCCGGUCUUCCGGAGGCGUGUCCAGAACAUGCCAGGAAUUGCGUGGAAAUGGGACUCGACAUGAUCGAUGCUAUUUUUUCUGUGGUUGAAGCCACUGAUGUGAAAUUGAAUAUGAGAGUGGGCAUCCACACUGGCCGAGUCUUGUGCGGUGUCCUUGGUCUACGGAAAUGGCAAUACGAUGUUUGGAGCAAUGAUGUCACCACGGCCAACCAAAUGGAAGCCAAUGGAGAAGCUGGACGUGUUCAUGUUACUCAAAGUACUCUGGAACAUCUCCGUGGUGAAUACGAGGUGGAACCUGGCCCAGGAAUGAAGGAUCACAGCAUGGGCAGCUAUUUCAUCAUUCCACCCCCUCGUCGGCGAAAAACGCUUCUCUUCAACAGUUUGCAUGUUCGUAAUGCGAUGUUUCCCGGUGGCAAACGAAAACCCUCUUUCAAGAUGGUCUCCAAUAUGGUGAUUCAGCUUCUUCACAGUAUCAAAUACUCGGUGGAAGUUCCAUUCUCCAAUAUGGCACAACAACCGGUGGAAAUUCAGAAGAACACAAUCACCAAGAAGCUGCCUGGAGGCGACAUUUUGAGUGGAGGACAGAUCAAAGUGACCGAGCGUUUCAAACUCCGUCGGAAGCGGCAGCAAGGCUCGAACCUGCAACCAACCAACCGAGUGAACAAAUUCCUCUCGCAGGCCAUCGAGGCACGAUCCAUUGAUCAAGAGAAAGCAAAUCAUGUCAAUCUUGUGUCGUUGUGCUUCAGGGACUCCAACAAAGAACGAUUGUACCAAGAGGAUGUGGAUCUGGGCUUUCCCGGAUCAUUAGUGUGCGCUCUGGUCCUCCUACUGCUCUUAGGAGGGAUCCAAGCCAUUGCCUUGCCCAGGACUACCAUUCUCCUACUCCUGUUUUUGACCGCAUUCAUCUGGAUUUCAGUCAUUCUGAUGCUUUUGCUGGCCGUCAGACUAAGAUGCAUUGAAUGGGAUAUAUCUCGAUCGUUUCUUCUCCGUCUUGGUUUGACCAUAUUUUCCAUCGUCCUUAUUUUUACCAUGGCUCAAGUCAACGCCUUCACUUGCCACAUUGACCCGCUGUGCAACUUUGACGAGCAAUGCACGACCCAGGGCUCUUGCCAUCGUUGGUGCCCAUUGCCUCAAUAUGCCGUGCUAUCUUGCCUCAUCGGGUUCAUGACCGUGGCCAUCUUUCUCCGGCUACCCAUCAUGAUCAAAUGCCUUCUCUUGGGCGCCAUGGGCUUGGUCCAUGCCCUUCUCAUUGAAUUGUCUCAUAAACCUAUUUUCACGUGCUUCGACGCCCGAGUGAGUGCACCCGUUCCACUUGAUGUGGUGUCGAUUAUCGUGGUUGUGAUUUUCUUGUUUGCUGUGGCUCUCCAUGGUCGGCAAGUGGAAUGGAUGGCUCGCUUGGAUUUCCUGUGGCAAUAUCAAGCCAAGGAGGAGAAACUGGACAUGGAGGCCCUUCAGUCAUCCAAUAAACGGAUUCUUUUUAACCUUCUUCCUGCCCACGUGGCUACACACUUCCUUGAUAACCAGUUCCGGAGCAAUCUGGAACUUUAUAGUCAAUCGUACCAAAGAGUGGGCGUGCUCUUCGCGAGCAUCACCAACUUCCACGAAUUCUACAUGGAGCUAGACUUGAACAACCAAGGAGUGGAAUGUCUUCGAUUACUGAACGAGAUCAUCGCCGACUUUGACGAUUUGGUGGGUGAGGAACGAUUCCGAGCCGUGGACAAGAUCAAGACAAUAGGAUCAACUUAUAUGGCUGCGGUGGGAUUGAUCCCGGAGUUUAAGGUGGCGGACGACAAGGACGAUGGAGGCUUGAGUGCCGUCACCUAUUUGUCACAGUUGGUGGAGUUCGUUUUCGGAAUGAGAGAGAAGCUUCAAUGCAUCAAUGAGAACUCGUACAAUAGUUUUAUGCUCAGAGUGGGCGUGAACAUUGGACCAGUGGUGGCGGGGGUGAUAGGAGCCAGGAAGCCUCAAUACGAUAUUUGGGGCAACACCGUGAAUGUCAGCUCCCGCAUGGACUCAACCGGUGUUCCCAAUCAAACCCAAUGUACGGAGGACGUCUACGAGAUUCUCAAGAGCCAUGCCUACGAGUUCCAAUGUCGAGGCAAAGUGAAAGUCAAGGGUAAGGGCGAGAUGACCACCUAUUUCCUCACCAACCGCCGUGCCCCCUCUACCAUGAGGAUGGACGACCUCAUGCAAGCCCCUUACCAUCAUCAACAACAAGCCCUGCGAGGCAAUGGAAGCUCCGGCAUGGUGCCGCCCAUCCAACCCCACCACUACUCCAACAUGCUUCAAACCGGACAGAUCGUGUCCAACCAAGGCCCAAUCAUGGUGUCGCAACCCCAGACGUCUGGCAGUACAAGCAGUGGUCCCACCCAAGCCAUUCAUUCGGGCUCGAACUCGAGUCCGCAAAUCCGCAGACCAGACAACUAUCUUCCGCCAGAGGCGCCCAGAACCGCCCGAAUCAUCCCGAGUGAGCAUCAUAUGCACGCCAGAUUGCCCGCCUUGUGCGAGGGCGAGCACGAUGGCGAGGACGAGCCGCUUAUCCCGCCCAGAACCACCAGCACAAGUCGAGGUCGAGGGGGCUCACAGCCUCCUCAGAUAUUCAACCAACACCCCAGAAAUCAAUUGGUCAAUGAUUUGCGCUCGAAUUCGGGUGAUUUGUCGAGUCGACUCCGAACACCCCCUAGGGCUCUUCUGGCCAUGGACAUUACUCAACGCAGCGCGGCCAUGACUCAUUGUGCCACCCCCCCUAGAGAUAUUCAUUCAGCAGCUUUCUUGAACCGAAGUAGCGGCGGCGGUCCUCCACCUCAAAGUGAGCCUCCCCCGCCCCCUGCUCCCGGUGGUGGGAGUGGAGGAGGAGGAGGAGGGCCUUCGGUCUCGUCCUCCAUGCUCCCACCCCUCCCUACUCAUAUUCAUCAACGGAGAGUGGGCGAAGCUUUGGUGCGGAGCAAUCCAAGGCUCAGACAGCCACCCGCAUCGCAAUACCAAUACCCUCACCACUUCCCUCAGGGCUCCAGCUCAACCUCGCGCCAUCAUCAUCACCACCAUCACCACAAUAGCCAUCACCAUCAUCACCAUCCCCAAUAUCAGCUCCCCCGCUUCCAUUCUGAAGAGUCUCUAGCUUCCAGAGGGGGCGGAGGAGGAGGCGGGAUCUACUCGUCUCGAAUCCACUCGUCAGCCGACGAGAUCUCGUCGUUGAAUCGCAGUCCUUCCGUGAGCUCUUCCGACGAGAGCUUCUCCCGGACGGACUUCUCUCGAACGGAUGCCGAAGAGGAAUUGAGCCCCCGGAGCUCACCCCCGUCACGCCCACCUAGUCACGCCCCAUGGAUCUACCCGUCAGAUAUCCAAAUUGAUCCCUCUUCCCUGGAGGUAUCGCCCAAAGCGGAGCGACGAUCUCUGCCCGGACCAGCCAAGAACAAACCCAGGACUAAGACCAACAACCUCCCACAACUCCCCUCCGUGGGUUACUCCCCAUCGCCCACUGUCAACAAAGGCCUCGGAGGCGUGCCCGGACCUUCUGCCAAUGGCAAACUCCCCAGUCAAAGACGACCUCCGUCGGAAUCCGAUUUCCGAAGCGAAGUCGAAAGUGAACUAGACAUGGGUGACGAGGAUGACGUUCAAGGGGGCGGGGAGAACCUCUGCGAUCGCUUGGACCUGCCCCAUGGCGUGGCUGGCGUGGAGGAGUCGUGUCGCUCAGCCAUGUCUUACAGUGAUAUCGGGGACAGUUGCGGAAGUUUCGAGUUCCUUUCCGGGGGUCGUCCUGGUCGUCGAAGGCUGUCCUCGGCGGCUACUCACGCCAAAACUGAGGACUCCAUUCAAGAAGAGACCAACGACGAUGAGGGCGACUACUGUGAUGACGACGAGGAAGACGAGGACAAGUUGUUCCUGCCCAAACGAAGCGCCCCGAAUAAUCUUCCCAAUAGCUCGGAUCAGCAGAAUGUUCUCCGACAGAUCCAGGAGUUGAGCUCGGCUGUGGGUCAGUUGGGCAAUCAAGGGGCCGGAGGAGGGACGGGAGAAUCGAAUCAGAGUCGGAAAUCCAGCCGAUCCUCACAAGGAUCCGCCAACAAACGAUCUGGGAGUGGCUCCGAUCGAUCCGGAGGCGGUGGUGCUCACGGCAAACCGAGCCUUCGUCUCUCCUCCGGAAAGGACAAUCUGGACCUGUACCGACCCGUUGAGAGUGAUGUAUUGAUGAACAUUCAGAAAGAUAUUCAGCCCCCUCCACUGACACAGUCGAUCAUUGACAUGGACAACGAGAGUAAAGCUGCUCGUCUUGGACAAAGGAGAGAGGAGAUGCACGACGAAGAACUCAGGUAUAAUAGCACCUCCCCUGGUUCGCACCAUGAAUCCGAUGUGCAGAGAAUGCUCCAACAACAAGGUUUAGUAUCCAAGCGUGCCAAAGAAUUCGAACCUCCCGAGCCCACAGCCCAUAAUAAGGUUGGGUUCGCUGCCAUCCAAGAACUAGCCCGGAAGCAAGAGGAGCUCCUGAUGAGAGAUUCCACCCCGGUCUCAGACAACAAGACUGAGCCCCAAGACCAAGGUGCCAAAGGAGCCGGUCGAUUUCCUUUGGAGGUGAAAACUCCUAUCCAAUCCCCGCCAAUUGGACUGAGACGAUUCGGGAGCUUCAGAUCCAAGGGUCAAGCCAGUGAAUACGAGAACAUGGACUCGGAUAUUCAAACCGAUGACGAUGUAUCCAAAUCAGAAGCUCUUGAGGAGGAGGGGGUCGGAGAACCAGAGCCUGAGACCAGCUCGAGUACGCCCCCCAGAAUGCAGCAGUCCCCUCCCAAGCCUUCCAAAAUUCCCCGCCCCAUUGGCGCCAUUGCGGCAUUGGCGAUGCCGGCGACGUCCAAGAAGUCAUUGACACCAGAGAGAUCCGACCCAAUGCCAAAUUCCGAGCAGAAAGAGAUUGAUGAAUUCGAAGCCGAGGAACGAAGAUUGCUCGCCUUGGAAGCUAAGGUAUCACCUGGACUGGCCUUUGCCAUGACUGGACGUUGGACGGGUGGAAAGCGAGAGGAGGAAGAGAUGCGAAAAAUGAUGGUUCAAGAACAGGAAAUGGCUCGAGCUAGAGGAGAGGUCAUCACUGAGAACACGACGAGUGAGGAGGACUCGGAGAUUUCGGAUGACGAGAUUGGCCGACAACUUCUUCAACAACAACAGUCAUCCCAUGGGCGUCUCUUGAAGGAUGAAGAGCCUCUCACGGAUCUAGACGCCCCUCAUAGUGAGGGCAACUCCUUGUACGGAGAUGAUCGAGGUCAUGAAGCCGACAUGGACGACACCUCAAUGUCCUCCCGAGCCUCAUCCAGACUUAUGGGCGAGUCCAUCGACAGCAUGAAUGCCAUGUAUGAUAGCGAAUAUGACCACCUGAGAGAUGGUGGGGCUGUUGGAGGAAUGUUGCUACCCGGUAAUUUGACCUCGGAUUGCGACGAAUCGGAUUUCUUCCACGACGAUAUCGAUAUCGACUCGGAUGUGGGCAAUAUAUUGGACAACGUGCAUGUCGAACACAUCCGGGAUAUGACCGAGAACAUGAAACGCAGCUUUGGCGUCCCUUCCAAAUUGGAACAUGACGAUGAGGACCAAUCCGCAGGAGCAGGAACCAGUUCCGACCAGAAACCAAGUGAAUCCAAAGAACCAGAACCCUUGGCAGCUCCUUCAAAAUCUGUCCCUGCAGAGCCAGACGAGCAAUCUUCUAAAGAUUAAGCUCAAGGUAGUAAACAGGAAUCUCCAGCCUAGAGGCAACCAUGAGCUUUGUAUCAAGUAAUCUACUCUACUACGACUUCUACGGUGAAACACCGACAGUUUCGUGUGCGAAAGACAUGGUCAUCUUUGACAAACUCAAAAGCAAAAUCUUUUUCGCAGGGUCAACAAUCCUUGGCCUCCGUGUCCUACCAUUAUUAUCAUUAUGAUCACCUUUAUAAUCGUAAUUAUGAUAUUACUAUUAUUAUUUACCUGCCCUAGGGAGCUUUGACCCGGUCUCUAGUCUCGCACUGUUGCUGCUAAGUAUAAGAAAUAACCAGACAAUAAUAACGAUCCACAAUAAUAAACCAAACUAUUGAAGUACCUGUCAA